UUUAAGCCACGUUGUGGGUUGUUGUGAAAAGCGGCACCAGGAUUCGAAGUCUUUCCAUCGGUGGUCUCGCCUGUUGACGUACGCUUUUUAUUUUCUAACAUUGCAGUGUACUUCGAUUCCUCUGAAAGUUUGAUCUUAUUAUCAGAACAGUUCAUAGUAAGAAGCAACAAUGAAGAUAUUUUUUAGUGCGAUUCUUUUUUCACUAGCAUCACUAUCAUACAUCUCCUGUGAAGAUAUUGCAUCUGAAGAAGGGGUUUUGGUGUUGAAGAAAACAAAUUUCGAGAAGGCUGUAACGGAAAAUGAGUUCAUCCUGGUUGAAUUUUAUGCACCAUGGUGUGGACAUUGCAAAGCUCUAGCGCCAGAAUACGUAAAGGCGGCCAAGGCCUUGGCCGAUAAGGAAUCUACCAUCAAACUCGCGAAAGUUGAUGCUACUGAAGAAUCCGAAUUAGCUGAAAAACAUGGCGUGCGAGGAUAUCCAACCCUCAAGUUCUUCAGGAAGGGAACACCAAUGGAUUACAAUGGUGGAAGACAGGCAGAAGACAUCGUCAAUUGGCUACUGAAGAAAACCGGACCUCCAGCCAAAGAACUCAAGACUGUAGAGGAAGCCAAGGAUCUGAUUGAAAACAACAAUGUUCUCAUUAUUGGUUUCUUCAAAGAUCAAUCUACCGCCAAGGCCAAGGCAUUCUUGGAAGUUGCCGCUUCUGUAGAUGACCAUCCAUUUGCCAUCACUUCCGAAGAUGCUCUGUAUGAAGAAUAUGGCGUCAAAUGCGGUAGCAUCCUGUUGUUCAAGAAGUUCGAUGAAGGAAAAGUUGAAUAUGAUGGAGAUGACACUGAAGCGCAAAUUAAGAAGUUCAUCGUCACAAAUUCCCUCCCUCUCGUUGUCGAGUUCAACCACGAAACUGCACAAAAGAUAUUCGGCGGAGAGAUCAAGAGUCAUCUCAUCUUGUUCCUCAACAAGGAGGAAGAACACUUCCAGAAAGUUAGCGAAGCAGCUCGUUCUGUAGCCAAACCUUUCCGUGACCAAGUUUUGUUUGUAACCAUCGAUGCCAACGAGGAAGAUCAUCAAAGGAUUCUGGAAUUCUUUGGAAUGAAGAAAGAAGAGGUACCUGCCGCUCGUAUCAUCAAAUUGGAAGAAGACAUGGCAAAAUACAAGCCCGAAUCCGAUGACCUGUCUGCUGAAUCCAUCAAGAAGUUCGUCGAGGAGUUCUUGGCUGGAAAAUUGAAGCAACACUUACUCAGUCAGGACAUCCCAGAAGACUGGGACAAGGAACCUGUCAAAACUUUAGUUGCUCACAAUUUCGACCAAGUAGCACUGGAUGCUGAAAAAGAUGUACUCGUUGAGUUCUAUGCUCCAUGGUGCGGCCACUGCAAACAAUUGGCACCAAUUUACGACAAAGUUGGUGAGCAUUUCAAGGAUAACAGCGACAUUGUGAUCGCCAAGAUGGACGCCACUGCCAACGAAUUAGAGCACACCAAAGUCAGUAGCUUCCCCACCUUGAAGCUAUACGCUAAGGGCUCCAACGAUGUCAUUGAGUACAACGGACCAAGAACCUUCGAAGGUCUAGUUAAGUUCGUUGAGUCCGGAGGAAAGGACGGUGCUAGCAUAGAAGAACCCGUUGAGGAAGUGACUGAAGACGAUGAUACGCCUAGGAAGGAUGAACUUUAAAUAUGUAGUGAUAAAAAUUUUUGUAAAAUUUAAUCAAAGAUAAGGUAUAGCUUUAUAACUUUACUCGAGAAGUUUAAAGGUUGUUUUUAUUGAAUGUGUUUUUUAGAGACUUUUUUUUUAUGUGUCGCUGUGUUUCUUCCAAAACAAACUUAGAUCGUAUAUUAACAUUCCUAUCGAUACUUAUUUAUUUUUUAAUAUCUUUGGAUGAAUGUACAGAAACGUGAAAUUCUGAAAAUUUUUAAUGGAUUGUAAGAUCUAAGUACAAAUAAAUAUUAAAGUUA